AUGUCCACCCACCUGCUCUCAAUCCUCCUCUUCUUGGGGCUUUUUCCACGCGAACAGGGAUUCUAUGUGCCUGGAGUAGCUCCUGUUGAAUUCAAAAGUGGCGAUCCAAUUGAAGUUAAGGCAAUCAAACUUUCAAGUACCAAGACUAUCGUACCAUAUGAAUACUACUAUCUUCCAUUUUGUCGUCCUGAUGGAGAUUUACUGUACAAAUCAGAAAAUCUCGGUGAAGUCAUGCGUGGAGAUCGUAUCGUAAACACUCCGUACCAGUUAUUUAAUGAAAGAGGACUGAGCAUGUUCUUUCUGCCCUGCACAAAGGCUGAACCGGGGGAGGUAAGCGCAUCGGCAGCGAAGAGGUUGAUGGAUCGCAUAAAGGAGGACUAUCAUGCUCAUUUGCUGGUAGACAAUCUUCCUUCUGCUACAAAGUACGAAGUGCCGAAAACUGGAGAAGUUUUCUAUGACCUCGGCUAUAAAAUUGGCUGGGUCGGCGAGGAUGGCAAGGUAUUCCUGAAUAAUCAUUUGGAUAUAGUGAUGCUCUAUCAUGAACACAUGCCUGGAUUGUACCGUGUCGUUGGUUUUGAAGUGAAACCUCGAUCGAUAAAAUCUGUUACCUUCACAAAGGAUAAGAAGUGCACUGGAAUCGACAAGGAAUCAAACUUUUACGAAUUAAAAGAAGAAGGUCAGCGGAUUCAUUGGACUUAUAGUGUGACAUGGGAAAUUAGUGAUAUUCCAUGGGCGAGUCGCUGGGAUGUCUACUUAUCAGUCAAGGCGGUUGAUAUUCACUGGUUCAGCAUCCUGAAUUCAAUUGUCGUUGUGUUGUCACUAAGUGGUAAGUGA